AUGGAGAGCGAUGCCAUCGAGUGGUUUGAUCAUCAGCGCAGAGCCCCUUGGCCUCAAAGAAAGGUCCCAGGGAAGAAUCCCAGCAUGCCAAGCGAAGAGCUGGUGCGUCUUUCCGUCAAAGGCGGACGUCGAGACCGCCCAGGUGCUGUGCCAGACUGGCUCUACAAGGCUCUGGGCUUUGGGAGCUUCGUUUGUGCGACCCGAACUCCAGAUGGAGUCAUCUCAGUCUUCAUCGGUGAAUCUUUCUUGAACAAGGUGGAGCUUCCGGCAACUGUGGAGAUGGAGCGGCAAUGGUCGUCGUUGCGAAUCAGCAAGGCUGACACCUUGCAUGCUGGCUUCAAGACAGUGUGGGAAGCGUUGGAGGCAGCCAAGAUUGAUGUGCAGCUGGUAUCUUCACCCAGCUGCGAAUGGUUCCUGCUGCCCUCCAAGCAGCUAGCAAUGGCAGUGUCUGGGUUGCUAGCUGCAGGGCAUGCCAUUUGUCCUGCCGCGAGACUUUGUGGACCUUUGCCAGCCAAAUUGGGAAGGCAUGAGAAGUGCCGGAGGUUUGCAGGUGCCUGGAAGCUGACUGCCGGGGAGGAAUCAGAGGUGUGCGAAAGCUCGUGCUUUCGAUUGCAAGGUGCUUGUGGAGUCUAUGUCGACCUUCGGCCGGCGAGUGGCUUGAAGGAGGAGGCAAGUUGCGCAGGCUUUCUGCACCUCGAUGAAAGCAGCAGGCACCGCUUGGUGGGCUUUCAACCACCCACCGGUGAGGCCUCAACAGUUCAGCUCUCAUACGAAGGAGAUGACCUCCACGAGGACGUGCCGCGGUUCGGGCGACGGACUUGGAGACGGUUGCCCGACUCGGGGACACGGGCGGUGGUCUUGGAACUCAUUGGUGAACCAAAUCGAAGUCUUUGCCGACAAGGGUAUUGGCUCAUUGCUGGGGACCGCUUCGCUCGAAUCAUUGGUCUCAGCAAUGCAGGCAUCAUCGACAGAUAUUGUUGUUCCUCCUUGGGCCAACUGGAGAAGAUGUUUGGAUCAGAGUGUAUUGCACCGGAACUCGAUAGCCACUACGAGGUCGUCAGUGGAAUUCUGGUAACGCCUGGCCAUUUCCUAGUUGAACAUGAGGUGCCGCGUGGGCAAGCAGAAGCUGGUAGGACUUUCCUGGAUGUGGAAAGUGGCAUUGGAGGCAAAAUCGAGCUUCCUUCAAAGAUUGGUGGAGAGGUGCUCCACCAUGGUCCGAAGGGCAUCCAGCGAUGGCGGGUACUGGAGUGGGGCUUUGAUCCCUUUACCCCAGGAUCAGCAGCGAUUUCUGAGGAGCAAUUGCCUCCGGAACAACCUCUUCAGAAGGUGGCUGAAAGCAAAAAGAACUCUGAGCCUACAAAGCUUGCAGAGAAGACCGUCCGAAAGAAGAGGAAAAAGGAGGCAGAAGCUGCGGCAACUGUGAGGUCCCUGCCAAGCAAGAGGAGGAACGGAGAGAAGCUGGUGCAAGAACAGUUACCUCAGGACGAAACAGACGAUGCCCCUGCUGCAGGUCGCAUCAGUAUCAGCAUAAAGGCCACUGCUACAGAAGCUGCUCCUGUAGCCGGUGCACAGGUUGCUGAAGCGCCAGGAACAACGGAGGCCCCUGAUGACAAUGUUCCGGACGACAAAGCCGAAGAGGAGCUUCAGGAGCGAGAUCCUCUACCUGCAAACUUCAAGUUCCCCCAGGGAUAUCCUCCUCCACCAACUUCAACACCUGGGUCGCAGUUUCCUGGAAAUUUCAAAUUCCCAGCAGGUUAUCCUCCGCCUGACCAGGCAUCCGUUGCCACCGAGGAGGAGAAGGCUGCAGUGCUGGCUGCAGUGGCGUCAGCUGCGGCUGCUGGGGCAUUGCCAUCUGGCACGAAGCAGGCGGUUGUGAUUCCAUCAGCUGUUGGAGGAGCCCCAAUCGUACUGUCGACCUACAGAACUGCUUUGGAAGGGAUGUCCGCCAGCCAAAUUGCAGAGGCUCUGUCGGAGCAGGUCUUGCCAGCAAGAAGUAGCUUGCCGCCUGCUUCUGCUCUAAUAGCUGCGGCAGGUGCUGCAGCCCGGCUACCAGUGCAGCAACCUCUGUUGAUGCCAGGAGCCUUUCUGCCAGUGGCACCGUUGUCGUUGCCUCCAUUUUUGCAUCUGCCACCACCGAUGCAGGCUACUGUGCUAGCUAGUUCAUUACCUCUGCCACCACCACCACCUUUGCAGCCCUCGCAAGCUGGCGCGAUGAAAUUUGAUGUUGAUAUUUUGACGAUGAAAUCUGAGGAAACCUUUAGGCUACAACAGAGCUGUGCAGUCCAGAGGAGUCGGUCAGAGCACUUUCUUCCCAAAAUCAUGCACUGUCCAAGGUGA